AGCCGCGAACCCGGCGGGCGGGCGGCGGGCGCGUGCACCAUGGGGGAGAAACCCGGGACCAGGGUCUUCAAGAAGUCAAGCCCUAACUGCAAGCUCACCGUGUACUUGGGCAAGCGGGACUUUGUAGACCACCUAGACAAAGUGGAUCCUGUGGAUGGUGUGGUGCUCGUAGAUCCUGACUACUUGAAGGACCGCAAAGUGUUUGUGACCCUCACCUGCGCCUUUCGCUAUGGCCGUGAAGAUCUGGAUGUGCUGGGCUUAUCCUUCCGCAAAGACCUGUUCAUUGCCACCUACCAGGCCUUCCCCCCAAUGCCUAAUCCACCCCGGCCCCCCACUCGCCUACAGGACCGGUUGCUGAGGAAGCUGGGCCAGCACGCCCACCCCUUUUUUUUCACAAUACCCCAGAAUCUGCCCUGCUCUGUUACACUGCAACCAGGACCAGAGGACACAGGGAAGGCCUGCGGGGUAGACUUUGAGAUUCGAGCCUUCUGUGCCAAAUCACUAGAAGAGAAAAGCCACAAAAGGAACUCUGUGCGGCUUGUGAUCCGAAAGGUGCAGUUUGCCCCAGAGACGCCCGGCCCCCAGCCUUCAGCCGAAACCACACGCCACUUCCUCAUGUCUGACCGGUCCCUGCACCUUGAGGCUUCCCUGGACAAAGAGCUCUACUACCACGGGGAGCCCCUCAGUGUCAACGUCCACGUCACCAACAACUCCACCAAGACCGUCAAGAAGAUCAGAGUCUCUGUGAGACAGUAUGCGGACAUCUGCCUCUUCAGUACCGCGCAGUAUAAGUGUCCUGUGGCUCAGCUUGAACAAGAUGACCAGGUAUCUCCCAGUUCCACAUUCUGUAAGGUGUACACCAUAACCCCGCUGCUCAGUGACAACCGGGAGAAGCGUGGCCUUGCCCUGGAUGGGAAGCUCAAGCAUGAAGACACCAACCUGGCUUCCAGCACCAUCGUGAGAGAGGGAGCCAACAAGGAGGUGCUGGGAAUCCUAGUAUCCUACAGAGUCAAGGUGAAGCUGGUGGUGUCUCGAGGCGGGGAUGCCUCGGUGGAGCUGCCUUUUGUUCUUAUGCAUCCCAAGCCCCAUGACCACAUCACCCUCCCCAGACCCCAGUCAGUCACCCGGGAAACAGACGUCCCUGUGGAUACCAACCUCAUUGAAUUCGAUACCAACUAUGCCACAGACGACGACAUUGUCUUUGAGGACUUCGCCCGGCUCCGGCUGAAGGGGAUGAAGGACGAUGACUGUGAUGACCAGUUCUGCUAGGAAGGGGGGCUGGAAGAAGGGAGUGGAUGGUGCUGGGAGAGGUAGGGGCAGGACCAAGACCCCGCUGUAGUUGGGGGUGGGGAUGUCCCAGCCUCUUCUUCUUCCCCUCCAUUGGGCAGCUUCCUUUAACCAAAUCCUAUGCUCCCUUCCACCCACCCACCCACCCACUCCCCAAAGUAACGCACUGGACCCAUUGCUUGUUGAAAGUGGGCAUUAAUCUUUUGACUACAGCUCUGCUUCCCCAGGCCCCCCUCCCCUGGGUGGCAAGCUGUGUUCACAUCUAAUUUUUUGAGAAGGGAACACUGAAAAUGGGGGGGGGGGGGCAGUAAGGAAAACUACAUUCUGCCUCACCAGCUCAACCCUCAGUCACACUCUGCCUCCAUUCCUUAAAAGAUGAGACCUUGUGGGGCAAGGCCUUUUCUUUUGUUUCUGAGCAUAAAGAAGAAAUAAACCUUUUAAUAGGCA